UUUUUCUACCAUUAACCCACAAAUUGAUCAUCAUCCAAAAUUUCCCGGCUAAAGUCCACCCACAAGACCACCCAAACAAAGCCACCUGCUCCACUGCGCACGUGCAGUGUUAUGCAUUUAACCGCCUCCAGCCGGGGUCGGCAUUCUGGCCUUUGUUUUUGUUUGCAAAAACAUGCAUCCAAACUAGUUCGUUUUCUUUAAAACCGCAAUGAUUUGACACGCGUAACCCCUUUAGUUUUUACAUAACCUCAAACUGUGCACGUUUUAGUUGUUGUGUUUUUGUUUUUUUACCCAGCCGGAAUCAUGUGGAGAUCCUUCUUUUCCCUUUUUUGGAGACACACCGGCGUACCGAUCCAACCCCUGUCUCUCGACGAAGCCUACAGCGUGAUCAGAGAAUGUAAGCAAGAAGUGCCAAACGGCCAUAAGAAAGAAGAACACAGAGAGGUUGAGGAUAUCGGGCAGUAUGAAGUCCUGAGCAAAAUCGGGAGAGUCACGCAUGCUGACGGUAACACUUUUCGAGUAGACGACUUGUAUGAUUUCCAGACCGACAUUAGUGAUUUGAUUGUUGGGUCAAAGAUUUCUUAUCAAUUAAUUCGGUCUGAAGGAGGUGUGAAGGUUUGUGAUGUGAGGCUGAUCGAAAACGACUGGAAUGUGGUGGAUACAGGUAAAAAGAAGUGGCACGAGAGGACUUUGGUUUGUUCAGUUGUGCAAAGAGAAGGCCGAAUUAUCAGUCUCAGUCCUGGGAAUAUAACAAUCAACUUGAAUAGUGUGUGUUCGGAGUUUAUUCCCAUUGCAGGUGACUGGGUGGAGCUUGACGUUAAAUGCGAAAUCGACGAAAACGUGGUCGAUUUAAACGGAAAAAUUAUCGAAAUUAACAAAGUCCAGCCGCUGCGCCCCCAGGUCAAACUGGGUCAAGUGUCACAAUGGAACUCUCAAGAGAGUACCGGUGUCGUCAACAAAAAUAUAUUUUUUGAUAAAGAUGCCCUUUAUUGCGGCUACCAGCCCGUCCGCGGCGAUAAAGUCGUAGCCGAAAUUAUUGAAAGCAACCAGGAUCAGUGCACGUGGCGCGCACUCAAAAUCGUCCCUGACUAUCUCCACCUCAAGGAAAACAAAGCUGUCAAGGUUUUCAAAGAGGAGGAGCUUCAAGAUACUCACGAUUUGGUCAAUAUUACCGACAAUAUUUUUUUAAUAUUCGGUAAAGUAGGGGAGACGAAGUUGUUCCUCGUCGAGGUACAAGCCAAGGCAGAGGAUGUCAAGCUGAUUUGUGUUCAGCUGCCCAAACUCAACGGUCAGUGUCGCUUGAGCGACAACAUUGACCAUUUUACUAUUAAAGCGCACAAUACUUUGACGGUUCGGCUGGAAUGUGUGGCCCGAAACGUUGGCGAUAGUCGUGAGCUGGUGAUUUUUCAUUUUGAACGGUUUAAGUUGAAGCGGUGGGUCUCAGUGCAUGUUCUUCCACAUCAGGGGAACAACGGGAAGGUGCGGCCGGGGUUCGCGCCGAAGCAGUAUGUUCCGAGGACUAGGAGAGAGGUAAUAAAGGGCCAGAAACUCCACUACUCCGCACGCUUCGUGCCCUUAUGCAUGCCCGACUUCGGCGUCCCCGAGCGCCUCUUGAACCUAAUAACCCACCACCAGUACCCAUCCACCAACAACUUCCUCAAAACCGAACUCGAGAGGUCCAAACCCUGCCUCGUAACCGCCUUGAACUACAUGAACUUCGAGGACAAAUUCCACACCCUCCUCCACCUCGACGAGAUCCACAUGAUGAUCGAGAUGCAAAACUACGACCAAGAGCGCGCCUGCUUCAUCAAAAACGGCGAAUACCUCCUCCUGGAAAUCGAGAACCUCGCCGAACGACGCCCCUCGGUGAUCUCCGGCGACCGCGUGAUCGCGCGAAGCCUAACCGACCCCACUAGCCCGGACUACGAAGGCGUCAUCCACAAAACCGGCAAAAACCACGCCUUCAUAAAAUUCUCCCAAAUCUUCCACGACGCCUACGACGGAGAAGACUACUCCGUGUACCUGGUGGCCUCCCGGACCACGUACCGGCGCGAGCACUUCGCGGUGAACCUCGCCAUCAAGAACCUGGGCAAGGACUGGCUGUUCCCGACGAAGAUCGUCGAGCAGGACCCGCAGGUGGAGUUCGUCUUCGACAACUACGUGGAUUCUUUGACCGACUUGGACCUGGUGGAGGCGCAGCCGCCGCGGAACGUCAUAGGCAAGCAGAGCUUGCUGGAGAAGAUACAGAGGUUUAACGAGAACGGGGUGGAGAAUCUCCCGGUGCGGAAACUGGAGUGGUACAAUAGGUGCUUGAACUUUUACCAGAAAGAGGCUGUGAGGAAUAUUUUGCUGGGGGUGUGCCGGCCGCUGCCGUAUAUUAUUUUCGGGCCGCCGGGGACGGGGAAGACGGUGACGAUUGUGGAGACGGUGCUGCAGAUUUUGAGGCUGAUGCCGCACUCGAGGGUGCUGCUGUCGGCGCCGUCCAAUAGCGCCGCGGAUUUGCUGGCGUUGAGGUUGAUCGAUUCGGGGGUUUUGAAACCUGGGGAUUUGAUCAGGUUGGUGGCGUUGUCGGCGGUGUCUAAUGUUGCCGCGAGGUUGGCACCGUUCACGGCCACGGCUAAUAUUGAGAGGGAGGGGACGGAGAGCUCCAGCCCGGUGGUGAUGCCCAAUGGACUUGUGUUAGGGUAUAACUCGUCAGUAUUAGGGAGACACCGAAUCACAGUUUGCACAUGCUCAAGUGCAGGUUUACUGUAUUCAAUGGGUUUCUCCAAGGGACACUUUUCCCACAUUAUUGUGGACGAAGCCGGCCAGACGUCAGAACCUAGCGUUUUGAUACCCCUUGCAUUUUUGGACACUUCAAAUGGACAAGCGGUAUUAGCAGGUGACCCCAUGCAGCUGGGUCCAGUCAUAAUGUCGCACCUCGCUAGCGACUACGGUCUAGAAGAAUCAUUCCUAGAGCGCAUGACUAGCAGAUUUCCGUACAUUCGAGACUCCCAAGGUUUUCCAAACACGUGCGGCUACGACCCGCGACUCAUAACAAAACUCAUCUACAACUACCGCUCACUGCCCGACUUGCUAAAACUACCAAGCGUGCUAUUUUACAACGACGACUUAAAACCAACGAUUUCAGAAACAGACAGCAAAGAAGCGUCCAUCCUCCAGCAAGUCCAAGAAAUCUUACCCAGGACUCCGGAAGGGAAAGUCGCUUCUGUCGUGUUCCACGGCGUCUUCGGCGAAAACUUCCAAGCAGAAGAUUCGCCGUCGUGGUUCAACCCGAGCGAAGCAUCGCAGGUUUUCUUCUACGUGAACGAACUGUAUAGGUUGGGGUUGAAGGCGACUGACGUCGGGAUCAUAACCCCAUAUAAAGCCCAGACCCGACAGCUAAUGGACCUUUUCAAGGAAGCCGAAUUCGAGGUGCCGAAAGUCGGCACUGUUGAAGAAUUCCAAGGCCAAGAGUUCAAUGUGAUUAUUCUGUCGACGGUGCGCUCGGCCAAGAAGCACCUGUCGAGCGACAUCAAGUACUCUCUGGGUUUCGUGGCCAGCCCCAGAAGGAUGAACGUGUCUAUCACUAGAGCCAAGUCGUUGUUGAUUGUUGUGGGAAAUCCCGAUUUGUUGUCGUCGGAUCGGAGUUGGCGCUCCAUUAUCACCUACUGUAUGGAUAAAGGGGGCCUGGUGGGGGGUGUGUUUAAAGAAAAAUAAUUUUCCGUCGCUGAUUUCCAUUUUAAGUUCCUAUAUGUGGUAUAUUAUUUUUAACAAUGAUUUAAGUUUACUCGUAUCGUAGGCUGUUUUGUUAUUCCAUAUCGUUAGGUUUUCGUUUUUCUUCUCACUAGGUUUAUUUUGCUUGUUUUCAACUUUGUAUAUGUUGAUUUUCACAAAUAUUGGAUGACAUUUCAACAUGAAGCGUUACAAGAACUUUUGCUAGACGUUCUAGACCUCUUAUGUUACGAAAAAUGGUUUUCGGGGUUGCCACUAUCACGGUGACUGCAGACCGAGCCCUUGUCACCGUGUAUAGUGGAUUUUGUUAGGAUCUGUGUUGGAUCAAAACACUCGAAACUAGCACAACGAAGACCAAAUUUUCGCACAAUUAUAACCGACUUGAUACAAAAAUCGCCUCUAAAUACAAAUGCAAUUAAGACUACCAAGCGUUCAUUCAUCAAUCAAAUACACUACCCGGAAUUUACAACCGGAGAUUGCGUCCAUAUCUCGACUUUCCGCCUCAAACGUGGCCAACCGUGAUGUAAAAUCACAUUUUGAUACUAAGUUCAAUGUCGACGCGGUGGACGCAGACUCCUCACCCUUGGUUUGACUUAACAAGGAACAACUAAAUAAGUCAUUAUUUCGCUGGACUUGUGGACCUUAACCCUGGUGCUCAUUCAACAACCCUCUCAAACAACUUGCACCGCUCAAGGGAAACGUUUCCUUUAAUUUAAAGUUUAUUCACUCCCAAAUUUAUUGUAUAUUUUUAAUACAUGAUUUAAGUUCU